AUGUCCCGCCGGCUCUUCCCACGACUGAGCGCCCGCUGGAUCUCGGAGUUUGCGCUGUUGGUGCUGCUGGUGCUGAUCGCGCACCUCCGCGUGGCUUCCGGCGCGAGCAGAGCGCACACCUGUCGCGAGGUGAAAACAGCCUUCCAGCUGCGCCAGAUCGGGCCGCUCAAGUGGGUACCGGAGACACCUGCUACAGAUGUGAACCUGUUAGUGUGUAAACACGUGGGUCCGUCAUGCUGCACUCGUAAGAUGGAGGAAAGCUACAAAUUGGCUGCGACGAGAGACACCUUGCAUAAUUUAAGGUUAUACACCACGGAACUCAGGCACCUGCUAUUAAGCCAUGCUGCUGCCUUCCAAGAUUCCUACCAGUCUCUCCUCUUGUUCUCCCAAGGUCAGCUGACUUCUCUAUUUGAGCUCACCUACCCAUCUCUCUCCUCGCCCAUCGCCUCCCACGUCUCGUCCCUCUUCUCCCAACUCUCCCUCUUCAUUCAGGCCGACUCCAACGUCUCCGUGGAGGCCACCGUCCACCGAUUCUACAACCACCUCUUCCCGUUCGUCCACUCACGCAUCAUCAACCCGGGCAUCCCCGAGGAGAACGACCUUUCCGAAUGCCUCCGUGCCACCCAGCAAGACGUGGACCCAUUUGGCCACCGUACCCAAGUCAUGGCAAAUGAGUUGGCACAAGCCUUGAAAGCGGCCAGAUCCUUAAACCGGGCAUUUUACGUCACAAAAGAUCUGUUAAACAGCACCGAAGCGGCUUCGCUGACAAACGAGUGCGUCAAGGCGCUUCUAAAGAUGCAUUACUGCCCACAUUGCCAGGGCUUGACCCUUAUACGUCCGUGUCCCGAGUUCUGCCUCAAUGUGUUGGGGGGCUGCCUCGCGAGUUUAGCGGAGCUCGAUAUGCCAUGGAGGCACUAUGUGGCCAUCCUGGAGGACCUCACCCAUGCUGUGGCCGGGGAGCACAGUCUGGAGCUUGCCCUGCUCAGGGUCAGUGGUCAUGUCAACGAGACCAUACAGCAUGCGGAACUUCAUAGUGCAAGGAUCAGUGCGACGGUGGAUAAAGUUUGUGGUCAAUCUACGACCAAGAGCCCCAGUAUUCAGCCCACAGUUACACCAAAACCCAGCACUAACCAGUCCGACCCCCCUGACCUGACGCAGCUGGGAAGAUUAUCCCACCUACACAGCUCGCUCCCUCUAAAACCCAACAGAAAACAUAAAGACAAAACUCUGAAACAGAUUGCUCGGGAGUUCGUAAGAACUAUCGGACGCUACAAGGCAUUUUUCGCGGCGUUGCCAAGGAUGCUGUGCGAAGGAGAGAUCGAAAGAGACGAGCUCACAUGCUGGAGUGGAGACGACGUAGUGGAGAGCUAUAAAGGUCGAGUGGUGGGUAACGGAGUGCAUGCUCAACGACAAAAUCCUGAAGUCAAGGUCAGAGGUCCUGACCCCCUGCUAAUGGAAGUUAAGGAGCGAUUCGAGCAGUUUAACAAGGAGAUGCAGGAAAGCAUGCCGGGCCUCGGCCACAGAGAAUCAUGGGAAGACCCGGGCAGCGGUGAGGACAGCAGCGGAGAGUGUGACGAUGAGGACGGUUGCCAGGGAUCAGGAGAAGUCACUGUUAAAAGCUCUAACACAGACUCCAGGACUGAUCCCGAAGUGGCGGUGAAACCCCCUCCUCACGAGGCCCCCGUUGUACGUUCCAAACCAGGACCCGGCAGCUCCGCUCCCUUCACCGUCCCCUCCUUCAUCAUCCUGGUCUCCAUCCUGGCACUGCAGUGCACGCUGAACUGA